UUCUUGCUACAAAAUCAUGGGCAAACUGUCUGUCUUUUUGUUUGUUCUUUCGUUUUACACCAUUGUCAACGCAGAACACUGAAGACAAUCCUGAAGUGAGAGAAGAACGUUGUGAUGCGUAAAGUGCCUCCCAGACUCAGGUUGAUAAAGAAAGAGGUUUCUGGAGGACUCCAGGUGAGCUGCCUGGCGUUUGGUUUCUACCCCCGCCACAUCAACCUGACCCUGCUGAGAGACGGCCAGCCAGUGGCAGAACAGGAGCUGACAGGGGGGGAGGUUCUGCCUAGUGGAGAUGGGACCUACCAGCUGAGGAAGAGUCUGGAGGUCAGUACUGAGGAGCUAAAGAAGAGACACAACUACACCUGUACUGCCUCUCACCUCAGUCUGGACAACAAGCUGGAUGUCAGUUGGGAGUCUGGGGCAGAGAGAGUACACCUAUCCAUCCUGUCAGCUCUACUGGUGAUAGUGCUGAUUGUUAUUCUGUUGGGCAUUUUCAUUUGCAUCAAAAGGAGGUGGAGAUGCACUGCCUCCCAGUAGAAACUUUCCAACGUUGAUGAAAAGGUGUCAGAGGAAAUGAACUGUAGUGUAUUAGGAUUAUGCCUUUGUUAAAUGUUUUUCUUGAAGAAAUGGAAUGUUGUUUAUGUUAGUAUCA